AUGGAAUCAGACGCAGAAGACACCAAGUCCCAAAUGACCCAAAACCCAUCAACACCACAAACCCACAAGCACAAGAAGAAGAAGAAGAAAAUCCCGACAGUCCAAGCCACAAUCCAAGUCGUCCCAGACAUCCCAGAGAAAACCCCUCCAUUGAUUGUGGUGACCCCAAAUGGGACCAAUGUUGAUUUUGUUGGCACUAACUAUACUGGUGAGGCCACGACUGGGCAGAGCUGCAACUUUGCACUUGGUGUUCUUGAUAAGGCCACUCAGACUUUGAAGAUUUUGCCCGUUGCUUCCAACAAGAUAUUUAGAUUACAACCAAUGGUUAGAGGCUAUAACUACUCUGCUAAGGAGCCUGAAAGUUCAGUGAAGGAACAACUUACUGGAGAAGAGAAGGCUCAGAAGCAAAUGGAGCUCCAGAGUCGCUAUGGAACGAAGAAGGCAAUUAGGGAGAGUAAAAAACUGCGCUCCUUGAAGCAAGAAGACGGUCCUGAAUCUCAAAAGGAUUUGGAUGCCAAAAUCAAACUCAUUGUGCCAAACAAGGAGGCUCUAGAAAGUACUGAAAGCCAAAUCUCUCGCCAUAUCCCACCAUUUAAUGAAUCUGCCACCACUCCCCAAGAAGCAUUUCCACUGGACAAGAUCAUCCUCACAGGAGAGUGGGAUCUACUUGGAGAUAUUUAUGAGCAUUUUCAAGGUGGAGCAGAAGUUUCAUGGGAUGCUUUCCCAAGAUUUGUUUGCCACAGAAUCCAUAAAUUGCAGGAUAUUGAGGUGGACGAGGAGAAGUUUAAGCUUUCUUGCAUAUUCUCAUACAUUACGCAUCUUAUAAAGUUCAAAGAUCAGCAUUCCAUGGAUGGUAUUUCCUCUUCCAGGACCCACAGGAUCCCAAACCUUCUAUUCCAUAAGUUUUCGACUAUGUUUCCUAUGGAGUCAAAGAGCCUAUCAAAUGAGAAAACUAAUCUCCUCAUUAGUUAUGUCUUGGUGCUUACUCUUUUCGUGGAUGAAUUCGAGACAGAUUUAACAGAUAUAGCAAAGGAUCUGAGAAUGAGCGCAAUAGCUUUGAGAAAGCAUUAUGAGAACCUUGGUUGCAAGCUUGUACGCAAAAGAAACGUAAUGUUUGCUACCCUUCCAGUCCCUCUACAAUUUCCACAAUUGCGGCAGAGGCGGCAGAAGCGCAAUAGAUGA